CAGCCUAUGCAGCCUGCCAGCGUAUAAAAAGGAUGUUUUCAGAGAUGUUGUCACUCCUCAGCAGCUUGACUGGAUUGUGAUCUCACCAUGUUCAACCACUGUUCACUGGCUUUACUGAUGCUUGCAAUGACUUUACAAAGACAAGCUUAUGCAGGCAAAAUCAUAGGCGGUCAUGAGGCCAAACCACACAGCAGGCCGUAUAUGGUGCUUGUUGAGCUGAUUAAGGAGAAUAAUGAAAUAAAAUACUGUGGGGGAUUCCUUAUCCGUGAUGAUUUUGUGAUGACCGCAGCCCACUGCCAGGCCAAGUCCCAUAAAGUUUUUCUUGGGUUACACAAAUACUCAGAGAACCAUAAAAAAGUGUCUGUGAAGGAAGCUUUUCUACAUGAGAACUACGAUAAAACUGAUUUUACAAAUGACAUAAUGCUGCUCAAGUUGUCCGAAAAGGCAGAGAUUACCAAAAAUGUAGAACCUAUUGCUCUGGCGGACAAGGAAGAUAGCUCUCUGCCGAAUUCCUGCACAGUCAGUGGUUGGGGGAAAACUUCUGAGAACUCUAACAUGUCGGAAACACUCAUGGAGGCCAGUGUCACACUUAUUGAUAAUGAACUGUGUGUCAAAGAAAAUGUAUACUGUUCUGAAGGAGAAAUCGGACCAAUGGGGGGAGAUUCUGGAGAUCCAUUAGUCUGCAAGGAUGGAAAGGCAUAUGGAGUGGUGGCUGCAAGCAAAAAGACUGAGGGUUCAACACUGUAUAAGUACACAAAGAUACCUGAUAGCAUUGCUUGGAUUAAUUCUAUAAUAAAUCACAACUGAAACAGCUUCUGAGCUACAUGUCAAUCAACUAUCUAAUCAGACAAUUUUACAACAUCUGAAUGAUUUUUUAUCAUAUAAAUGCUAUUGAAAUGUUUACAUUUUUUAUUUUUGCAUUUGUUCAUUUUUGUCACUGUAAGCCCUCUCUUUUGAUGAUCAAGUCAUAUAAUACAACAAACCAAAAGAAGUACUUUAUGUUCAACAAGGA